AUGAUAAAUCCAAGCAUGCUUCCUAUUGGCUUCACCUUCUCUCCCACCGAUGAAGAAUUAUUGAGUUUCUAUCUUUUUCACAAGAUUGUUGGAGAUUUCAUUCCCCCAAUUGUGCUACAAGUCAUCGACCUUUAUAAUGAAGAACCUUCUCAAAUAUGGCAACGAUGUGGAGGGAUUGAUGGUCAAGAUAUCUACUUCUUCACCAAUCUCAAGAAGAAGAAGUCUCGAGUUAUUAGAAAAGUCGGCUCUAAUGGGGCCACUUGGAGUGGUGAGAACAAGGCUAAUAUGGUGUUUUCUUCCAUCAACAAUGCCUUGAUUGGUAGUGUUAAACGGUUCCACUAUGAAAACUCUAAAGUGAAGCUUAAUGAUAAUCACUCUUGGAUCAUGUAUGAAUACACCCUUCAUCCUACUUUUGUACCAAAAGGGGUAGUACAUGAUUCCUUCGUACUUUGUAAGCUUCGAAACAAAAUUUUGAAAAAAGAGAAAAGGGCAUUAUCCACAGCAAUACAAACAUCAUUUUUUCCCAAUUGGCCAAUACCUACUGCAACACGAAUGAAAAUACAUGAUGAUCCGAAUCCCAAACGCAGAAGAUUGGAAGAACAAGUAGUUGGUCGUUUAGAAAAUGAACUUUGCAUUGAUCAGAUUAAUUUUGAAAACCAAUUUUGUGUCAAUACGAAGCGAUUUACUGAAGAUGACAUCCAACAACUUAUGCAUGGAUACAAUUUGGAAUCACCUCACAUUCAGGAGGAUAUCAUUCAACCUUUGAAUAUAGACAUUCAAACUGAAAUGAUAUUGAGAAACCAAUGUUAUGACGUGGAGCCUACUAGUAAAUGGUACGUAAAACAAUUUUACUUUGAUUCAUAUUAA